AUGGACGCCGUCGACGUCGACGUCGUGCGCAUUACCGACUCUCCGGUGGGCGCGCAGCGCGCGCGAUUGAGCGUGGACGUCGUCGCCGAGCUCAAACUUCCGCUCGGCGCGCCGGUGAGAAUCCGUCUCUUCAGACAAAACGUCGAGUUUGCGUCGUACCUGUGCGCGCUCGAGCCGUGGGAUCGACCGGGAAGGUGCUGUGAGAUCGAUGGCACCAUUCGUGAGCGCGGAAGCGCAGACGCGGCGAUGGAGGCGACGAAAGUGAGGAUGGGACAGAGCGCAGAGCGCGACGGCUGCGCGGACCGAGCAGUCGUGGAGCGCAUGGAGUCGAAACCGAUCGCGUGUGAGCGAUUGCGGUUAUCUAGUAGUAGAGCAUCGCGCGAAGAGGAGCGUCGAGCGAUCGAACGGGCGCUGAGGGAGCGAGUGGUGCGGGAGGGUUGCGCGGCGCGCGCGAGCGGCGGCUCGCUGGAGUUUACGUGCGAGCGCGUGGAGCCGCGGUGCUUUGGGGACGAAGGGCGGGCGACGUGGCGAGUAACGACGGCGACGAAUUUUGAGCACGUCGGGCCGAGCGAUUCGAUUGAGCGGUGUGGGGGAGGCGUGAGCUCUCCUCGAGCGGAGACGCGCGUGGCGGCGUGCGAAGAAGCCUUGCAGGCGCUCAGGCAGUUGAUGGUGUGGCCACUUCGGCACGGCGAGGAGGCGAGGAAGCUCGGGGUGAAGUUUCCUCGCGGGUUAUUACUGCACGGGCCUCCGGGGACGGGUAAGACGGAGGCGGUGCGAGCGGUGUCCGCGGAGGCUGGCGCCGAGACACUAACGGUGAGCAGCGGAGACGUCGCGGGCGCGUACGCAGGGGAGAGCGAAAAACGAUUGCGGAAAGUGUUUGAACGCGCGCGAAAGCUGGUAAAGAAGGGGUCGCCAUGCGUUAUCGUCAUCGACGAGCUUGACGCAAUGUGUCCGACGAGAAGGGACGGGAACGCGCACGAGGCAAGAGUCGUCGCCCAGCUUUUGACAUUGAUGGACGGCGCGGGCGAGUCUAGCGAGGUGCAUGUCCCCGUCGUCGCGACGACGAGUCGCCCGAACGCCAUCGAUCCGGCGCUUCGGCGGCCUGGAAGAUUCGAUCGGGAGAUUGAAAUGUCGUUGCCAAACUUGCACGCUCGGGCUGAAAUUGUCAAGCUACACGCCGCGUCAAUGCCCCUCGCGGAUGACGUGGAUUUGUGCGCCAUUGCGGCCGAAAGUAAGGGAUACAGCGGAGCCGACCUCGCGGCUUUGUGUCGCGAGGCGGCGAUGCGCGCCAUACAGCGACGACAGACUGAAUCAACCGCCACAGAUGAGAUGACGGUGACGAUGGCUGAUUUCCAACAGGCGCACUCGCGCGUGCGCGCAUCCGUGGUGCGCGGUGUCGCCUUGGAUCUUCCGCCGGUCACGUGGGACGACAUCGGAGGCCUCGAUGAAGUUAAGAAGCGCCUCAAACAGGCGGUCGAAUGGCCUUUGCAUCACGCCGAUGCGUUCAAUCGACUUGGUUUGCGACCGCCGAAGGGCGUCCUUCUCCACGGUCCUCCGGGCUGCGCCAAGACCUCGCUCGCACGAGCCGCGGCGACGGCAUCCGGAGCCACCGUCAUCGCACUUACCGCCGCAGAUGUAUUUAGCAAGUAUCUCGGCGAGGGUGAAAAGCUUCUUCGCAGCACUUUCGACAAAGCGCGUAAGUCGGCGCCAGCAGUGCUUCUGCUCGACGAAAUCGAUGGCAUGUGCGGAUCACGCGGCGGUGGCACGAACGAAGGCGCUAACGACGUCGCGACGAGACUCUUAUCGGUGUUUCUCACGGAAAUGGACGGUCUCGAGGGCGCCCCGUCCACGGGCGCGGGUGUGCUUGUCGUCGCCACGACGAACCGCCCGCAGAGUCUCGAUCCCGCAUUGACGCGUCCGGGUCGGCUCGAUCUCGUCCUCGAGAUCCCCCCGUUGGAUCUCCAAGGUCGCAUCGCCGCCUUGCGCGUGCACACUCGCGACGUCACGCUCGCCGACGACGUCGAUCUCGAGUCCAUCGCUCGCGACGCCGUGGGCUACUCGGGCGCCGAGCUCAGGCACGUCGUCAAGGAAGCGGCGCUCGCGGCCCUUCGCGAGGACAUGCGCGCCGAGCGCGUCCACGCCGCCCACUUCAUCGUUCGUCCGAAAUCGUAG